AUGGCCAAAACAAAAGCCCAACCCUCUAAGCGGUCCCGCGCCGCGCGCCGCGCCACCUCACCCAGCAUCGACACGGACAAGUCCCUCAAGACCGCCGCGCCACCCGCGCGCGGCAAGCCCACCGAGAGACCGUCAGUGCUCGCGGUGCACCACGCGGCGGGCGUACAAAAGAGAACGAGCCAACGCAAGGCGCGCGUGUCGGCUAAGGCGCGGCGGCGCCGUGAAAAGGGCAUGGAAAUGGCCGAGGCGGUGUUGGAGCGCACGUCGAGCAAAGUGAAGCGCAGCUGGGACAGGCAGCGCACGGUGGAUAAGAGACGACAGGGCUGGGAUGCGAUUAAUAAGGACGUGGUUGAGGAGGAGGGGGAACAGAGCGAGGCGGAGGGGGGAGGUGAGGGGGCUGUGGCGAAGAAGACGAGGACGAAAAAAGAGAAUGGAAAGCGGGCAGAGCGGGACGAGGACGAAGGCUGGGAGACGGAGGAGAAUGCAGAGGCAAAGCCGGCACAGACAGCUGUGGACGAUGAUUUGGACGAAAUCAUGUGA